CAUCUGUAUAAAAGCUCAUCCAUAUUUAAGAAAAUGUCAAAAAUUAUGGAUGGAAAACAACACAGCCCGAAAGCUUUUCUCUUCUUGCAAAAAAUCAUGGUCACAAAAAUAAAAUAUACUUCCAGAGAAAAUCUAGCAACUCCCAUGCGCCACUCCCAAUUCAACAAAUAUUCUUUUCUUGCAAAUGGAGUAGAAAUACUUUCAAAGAAAACAUUGAUGUUUCAUAUGGAAGAGGCACUCUUGAAAUCUUCUUCACUCUUCCCCUACUUCUUGCUAGUAGCCUUUGAAGCUGGAGGGCCCUUAAGAGCUUUCGUUUUGUUUCUUUUGUACCCUAUCAUUUGUUUGGUUGGUAAAGAAUGGGGGCUGAAGAUUAUGGUUUUUGUUUGCUUUGUCGGUUUAAAAGAGGAAAGUUUUAGUAUUGGAAAAACUGUCUUGCCCAAGUUCUUUUUGGAAGAUGUCGGGACUGAAGGCUUUGAUAUGGUGAUGAAAUGUGGUGGUAGAAAAAUAGGAGUGACCGAUAUGCCUAGAGUUAUGGUGGACUGCUUUUUGAAAGACUACUUGAGGGUUGAGGCUGUUGUGGGGAGAGAAUUGAAGGUAGUUUGUGGGCAUUUUAUAGGCCUGAUGGAGGAAAAGGAGAGCAGUGCUUUCCUGGAGCUGAAAGAGAUUCUUGGGGAGGAGAGAAUGGACUCAUCUGUUAUUGGCAUCGGUUGCUUUCACAACUCCCUUGAUCAGCAACUCUUUUCUUAUUGUGAGGUUCUUUACAUGGUAAGUGAAGCUGACAAGAAGAACUGGCGAGCCCUUCCCAGGGCGAAAUAUCCAAGACCAUUGAUUUUCCAUGAUGGAAGAUUGGCUUUCCGGCCAACCCCUAUUGCUACUUUAUUUAUGUUCAUGUGGAUUCCAUUCGGGAUUUUCCUACUCUUUGCUAGAGCAACAGCCUUCUACCUGUUACCAUACAAGUUGUCUGUGCCAUUCUUAUGCUUUACAGGUUUGAAAGGCACCUUAAUUAGCUCCUUUCCUGACCGAGCUUAUGAUCAUGAGCAGAAACAAGGGGGUGUGCUCUAUGUAUGCAACCACAGAACUCUGCUUGAUCCAAUCUAUAUUUCAAUGGGUCUUGGGCAACCUCUGACUGCAGUCACAUACAGUUUAAGUCGUGUUUCAGAGCUGUUUGCUCCAAUUAAGACAGUUCGGUUAACAAGAAACAAGGAGAAAGACUCAAAGAUGAUAGAGAAGCAACUGAAACAAGGUGACCUAGUUAUUUGUCCUGAAGGAACCACUUGCAGGGAGCCCUAUUUACUCAGGUUUAGUCCUUUAUUUGCAGAGAUAAGCGAUGAGAUAGUUCCCGUUGCCAUCGAUUUCCAAGUUAGCAUGUUUUACGGAACAACAGCCAGCGGAUAUAAAUACUUAGACCCCCUUUUCUUGCUCAUGAAUCCAACAAGUCACUGCUCUCUUAGGAUUCUUGGGAAGCUACCAAAAUCUUUUACAUGCCAAGGAGGAGGGAAAUCAAAGUUUGAGGUAGCCAAUCACGUGCAGUCACAAAUUGCCGAAGCCUUGAAUUUCCAGUGUACAUCUUUGACAAGAAAAGACAAGUAUAUCAUGUUGGCAGGAAAUGAGGGAAUUGUCUCUACCAUAUAAUCAAAAGAAAUCUUCUCAAAAGUUGGUUUCAUUAUUUGUGUGUGUGGAAUAUUCUGGGAUAUGGGGAUUUGGGUAGUUGAAAAUUAAUCUUAGCUGCUGCUCUGUAAUUGGACUUUUGUUUCCGUACAACGUUAUGUUAAUGAUGAAUAGAUCAAAUCUAAUGUCACAAUAUUCUAAAGCAACGAGUGGAACUUUGUUUUGCUUUUUCGAUGUUCUUGUUUAACUGAUUUUCUGUUUCACUUGUUUA